GUGAGGCGGCGGCGGCGGCGCAGCGAGGAGGAAAGGGCAGCGGGGCCGGGAAGAUGAACCGGAGUUUCAACAAAUCUCAGACUCUGCGGUAUCUGGAGUGCAACGCGGUGGAAGUGAAGAGCAAGUUUGGGGCAGAGUUCAGAAGGUUCUCCCUGGAUCGCUACAAGCCGGGAAAGUUUGAAGACUUCUACAAGCUAAUUCUUCACAUUCAUCAUAUAGCCAACCUGGAGGUGAUGAUUGGAUAUGCUGAUGUGCAUGGAGAUCUUCUCCCCAUUAAUAAUGACGACAACUUCUUCAAAGCUGUUUCAAGUGCUCAUCCACUGCUCAGGGUUUUUAUACAAAGACAAGAUGAAGUAGACUACAGCAAUUUUGGGACCAACACACUAUCAAGAAAGAAGAAGGCUCUGGUGACUCUCCGCAAUGACAAUCUCCGCCGGCGUCCUCACAUUAACAUCAGCAUGCCUCAUGAUUUUAGACCAGUGUCAUCCAUAAUCGAUGUGGACAUUCUUCCUGAAACACACAGGAGGGUGAGGCUGUAUCGACAUGGGUGUGAGAAACCCUUAGGAUUUUACAUUCGUGAUGGCACCAGCGUAAGGGUUACUCCUCAUGGACUAGAAAAGGUACCUGGUAUCUUCAUCUCUCGUAUGGUUCCUGGAGGCUUAGCAGAGAGCACUGGCUUGCUGGCUGUGAAUGAUGAAGUCCUGGAAGUUAACGGCAUUGAAGUAGCAGGAAAGACUCUCGAUCAAGUCACAGACAUGAUGAUUGCCAACAGCCAUAAUCUUAUUAUCACGGUCAAGCCAGCAAACCAGAGGAACAAUAUAAUUCGGAGCAGUAGGAUGUCUGGUAGCUCUGGCCAGUCUACAGACAGCACUGCGAGCCACCACAGCUUGCCCGCAUCCCACAUGCUGCAGAACUUCCACCCUGAUGAAAUGGAGAGUGAUGAAGAGGCUGACAUUGUCAUCGAGGGUGGUUUGGAGCCACAGCACAUUCCUAAACUGCACAGCCUUACUUCCAGUAGCCUCUCUCGAAUCAACGGCAGCAGCCUUAGCCACAGACUUCAAAGGGACCUGGUGUUCAACAACAACUCUGGCCGAGAAAGCAAUGGCAACAUCCAUAAAUUACUCAGUUCCUUAAAAACUGAUCCCCGACACAGUCUGGUUAUCCCCAGAGGAGGUAUUGAGGAGGAUGGAACAGUCAUUACACUUUAGUAGCAAUUCUGCAAAGCUCUCCUUUCAGUCUUAAGUGCCGAUUGGGACAAUUGACUGUUGCAGCAACAUUAUGCACUAAACAGAGUUGGUAUUCUCAUAGACCUCACGAGUGCAGAAGAUUGUUGCUUUCUAGGAAAUGUGGCAUCUGGAGUUAGACAUAAAACUGUCAUGCACUGCAAAAUUUGUCAGGAGAAAGCCAGAGUGUAAAACCUGGUUUAUGUCCCAGCCCUAAAGUGAGAACACAUACUUGGUUUAGUUGGUGUAAAUCUAAGCAAUCUUACAGGCUACCAAUGGCAGUGCUACAUACGUGGGCUUGAGUGCAUGGGUGGAUGUAUUUAUACAUGCAUGUAUAUGAGUUAGAUUUUAAUAGUAACAGAUAUGUCUAUUUGAAGUGGAACCUGGUUUUCUUCUAAUACCAGUUUAAAGAGAGACCUCCUUAAUAGCCAUCCCAUCUUCUACCGUUACUUACAGACCUUCCACUAACUUGUUUACACCAUAUUUGCAACCUUAUGUCUAAUCCAGACAAGCUCUUUAAACAUACCGGUUUCCUAUUCUGGUGGUAAUAACGUUAGGGAGAUGCUGCAAAUACAUUUUCCAGAUGAAACUAUAUAUAUGUAUUUUUAAAGCGUAGGGAGGGGAUGUUGGAGGAUGUUGCUGUUACUGCUGUGGAUGCAGCACCACCUGCUGUUCAGAAGCAGCCCUGCGUGCAAGAAAAACACGGCAGUAAGGGCAUAAAAGUAGGGUUCAGGCACCAUUAUGUGUAAAUGUAUUCUUUAUCGAUAUUUAUUAGAUAAUACCUCUUUUUUUUUUUUGCCCCAUCAUCUCUCUUUUUUUCAGUAUCAUGGUUCAUGUGAGAUUUAAGGCUGCAAGAGAUUAGGUGACACAAGUGGCAGAGUGUGCUAGGACUGUCCCCUUCACCUCAGAGCUGACAAGUCCUCGCUGUGCUUUUGGGGAGACCUAAACCGCAAGGUCUUUCCUCUAGAAAAGGUUGGCUAAUUGCUCUACAAAGGAGGGAUGCUGACUGGCUGCCAAAACCUAACUUAGAAUACUUCUGUUAUUUUUGGACUCUUCUAGUAAUAAAGCUUAAUGUCUGCACAGGAUUUCUGGAAACUUAAAAUAUACUGGAUGUUUGCGAUGGUCAGACAUGCUUACUGGAUGCUGGCUGGUGGGUAGCCAGUGACUGAUGAGUCGAUUAACUGUCUGCUUCUGAAAAUGCCAUGAAUUGAUCAAAGUGGUCUAAUCUAAAAUAUUUUGUUAUAUCUUGGAUCAGUGUAAGGAACAAAAUAUAAAUGUUUCACAGUGUAUUUUUCUACUUUUAGCUUGUGUCAUUUGCUUUUUGUUUUUAACUUUGUAGUACAUUAAAGCUUUUUUAUAUGGUGGAAUAGACAUUUCUUAAAUAUUGUAUGGAGAUGAAAACUCAGAAGUCUUGGUUUGAAAAAGUUACAUUCCAUUCUGGAAUCUGUAAUGGCUGGACAAAGGACAGAAUACCUGUGGAACAACCAGUCUUCUGCUCAUUGUUAAAUGCAUUUGGGACAUUGAACUUAGUUUAUUUCUUUUUAGAUUUGCUUUAAAAGUUUAUUUUAAAAUUCUUUCACUUACUCGAUUUAAACCUUUUCUAGGUAUCACAGCAGUUAAAGAGCUGUACUUACUUCUCUCAGCACAGUAAGAAUAGAACAUUGAUUGUGUUCAUCUUAAAACUGUGUUUGUGCUUUACCAAAGGUUUUCAUUAAAAAAAAAAAUCCGAUUAUUGGUGCAGUAAAAAAAACUGAAUAGCUGGAUAUGCUUCAGUCAGACCAUCUGAGCAGCAACACUGUUACACCUUAAAUAAGACUACUUUUGUGAAUAAGUGGAUUUGUCUGGCUGAAGUUACCUGUUUUACCUUAUUUAACUGAUGAAAAUGUGACCUGUCUGCAAUAAAAUGUGCACUGUCUUA